ACACUGCGCAGCAGGAAAAGGGACGGCAACGUCACCGCCGCCAUCUUGAAGAAGGGCACGGCUAACAUCCCUUCCCGAGGAAGCUUUACUGAUUUCAGCGUCCCUAUGGUCUGAUUUGUCACUGAGGAGCUGCUUUGAAAAAAACAAACAUUGAGACCUUGUCUUCUGAUUUUACAGCAAACACAAAAACUGGGCUUGAACGCUCAACCGCGACAACGAGCCACCGACUACUGAGAAGAGUCAGUGAGGAAACGAACCCAGAGGUAAACAGAAGACAUUGGCUUCUUGGCGGGCGGGUCGGAUCCUCAAAACCCGGAAAAGUGACAUCCUGGUCCUUUCGAAUAAACCGAUUGGCUAGGGAGCACAAAUCGUUGUUAGCUGACAGCCAAUAGUCGGUCGGCCGAGUAGAAAGUUGAUUGGUCCCCGAUCUGGCCACGCGCUUGAGGCACCGUUAGUCUACUCGCCUCUCUCGGGCGGAAGAUUUGAAGCCACGCCAGUACCAUAGCCCGCGUUGUGGAAUGGAAAAGAUCCAAAUGAAGAAGGUACUGCUGAACAAAGAAGAAGAGACUGAUGAGAAAAUUGGCAAUGAUGGGAAAGAGAACAUCUCCUCAGCCAGAAAGAUUUACUUGGAUUACAAUGCAACAACUCCUCUGGCACCAGAAGUGAUUCAGACAGUUACAGCAGCCAUGAGUGAAGCAUGGGGCAAUCCUAGCAGUUCUUACACAGCAGGUCGAAGGGCAAAGGAGAUAAUAAAUGACGCUCGUGAAAGUCUGGCUAGAAUGGUAGGAGGAUACCCCCAGGAUAUCAUCUUCACAUCUGGAGGGACAGAGGCCAAUAAUUUAGUGAUCCACACUGCAGUGAAAUAUUUUAAGGAAAGUAACAAACAAAGGCCUGUUGGUCCAGAAGUUCAAAAGAAGAUUUUAGGGACAUCUCCCCAUUUAAUUACCUCUUCCAUUGAGCAUGAUUCAGUCCGUCUUCCUGUGGAGCACCUGGUGAAAGAGCAUGAAGCUGAAGCUACUUUUGUCCCUGUGUCCAAAGCCACUGGACAAGUAGAAGUAGAUGAUGUCCUUGCUGCAAUCCGUCCAACAACAUGCCUGGUUUCCGUAAUGCUGGCCAAUAACGAGACUGGGAUUAUUAUGCCGAUCUCAGAACUCAGUCAGCAGAUUCAAGUUGUCAAUCAGAAGAGAGUAGCAUCUGGCCUGCCACGGAUCUUGGUGCACACAGACGCAGCUCAGAUGAUCGGGAAAGGCCGAGUGGAUGUGCAAGAUCUGGGAGUGGAUUACCUCACCAUUGUGGGACACAAGUUUUAUGCCCCACGCAUUGGAGCGCUGUACGUGCGAGGGCCUGGUGUCACCACUCCUCUCCAUCCCAUGCUGUUUGGAGGGGGGCAGGAACGGAAUUUCCGCCCUGGGACUGAGAAUACACCAAUGAUUGCUGGCCUUGGAAAGGCUGCAGAGCUGGUUAACCAGCACUGUGAGGAUUAUGAAGCUCACAUGAGAAAGGUUCGGGAUUACCUAGAAGAGAGGCUUCAAGCUGUGUUUGAAAAACAAGGAGUCCGUUUUAACUGUCGAUUGAAAGGCUCUAAACGACUUUGCAACACAUGCAAUUUCUCCAUAUUGGGCUCAGGACUGCAAGGUCGGCUGGUGCUGUCUCGCUGUAGGACUUUGCUUGCCAGUGUUGGUGCUGCCUGCCAUUCUGAGAAUGGUGACCAGCCAUCUGCAAUCCUGCUGAGCUGUGGAAUUCCUUACAAUGUGGCACAGAACGCCUUGCGCCUCAGCAUAGGCCGUGAUACCAGCAAGGAAGAUGUGGACCUGAUUGUAGAAGACCUGAAGCUGGCUGUGGCCCAGCUGCAGUAGGCCAGAUUCUCGCCAGAGCCCGUGAGGGCAUUUUUUUUUUUUUACUGAUUUCCCUUUGAUUUAGUGCCACUUACAUUUGACAAAAUAAUUCCUAGUUAUUAUCAGUUCUUGGCCAUUGAAUUGCUGCUGUACCAUCACUAAUUUUUCCAUGGCCACCAAAUGCACUAGCCAUCUUGACCCAUAGUGACAGCUGUUCUUGCUUCCAGAAAUCAGUGUCCACUGAGUGCAGUCACUGUAUUUAGGAAGCUGCACCUCUGACUUUUAGGAAAUAAUGGGAAAUGCUUCCAGACAUAUGUUCAAGUCUUGAGACCUUUAGAUGGAUUUGGAACAGUGGGCAAGCAUUUGCUGUGGUACCUGGAAAUGGCUUGAAUCCUUUGAUAUUCCCCCUUUCCAAUUCCCAUUUGCAAGGAACAAAAAGCAAUUGAAUUCAUCUGACCCCCCCUCCAUGUGAGCCCAUAAGGAACAUGCAGAUUACCUCCUGCAGCAGUAGCAGACAACUGCAUAGUUGCUCUGAUACUGCACUGUAUUUAAUAGAGCUACACAGUGGAACAAGAAUUAGCAAUGGACUAUCAGAAUUAAAGAGCAAAUUUGGCAGCUUUUGCUUUGUUUAAGAACCAAUAUUAAGGUUGUAGAGAACCUGCGACUUUUCCACUAAGCUUACAUUAAAGCUCUAGUUUGCUUUAAUGUAUGUAAAGUUCUAGUAAAGUGAUGAUGAAAGAUCUGAACCAGGACUAGUUGCUGUCAGUUUCUUUCCAAGAGAAGCCAUAGACAGGCCUAUGGUUACCGCAUGAAAGGAUGGGGGACCUUUGCUGCAGCAGAGUUGCUGUGAAAGGCAGUUGCCCUAGAGCAGCCUGUUCUCUCUUUUCAGGGAGAGGCAGCUAGCACUGAUCCAGUGUUACUACUAAUCUUGGCUGUGAGGAGGAGGAAGCAAUCCAUGUAGAUUUUGUGUUAGGGUAAAGAUGAGCUUUUCUGACUGAAAAUAAUGUAGAAAUAAUGUGCUGCACCUUUCCAUCAGAAUAGCAGUAUACACAACAAGUUGAGAUGUGGAAUAUUUAAGCAAACCUAUUUCUUCUACACACUUCUCUUUCUUUUGUAGUGGUUUAGGUGUCUGGCUACAGAACCAGAGGUUGGGAGUUCAAUUCCUCAGGGAGCC